AGUGGAAAUCUCGCGAGAAAAAGAGUACGAGAUUACAGGGCAAGGAGGGCUGCAUGGGGAGCUGAAGACAAAACAAAAGGCACACAUUUAAACUGUCAGGCGCUGGUCGCUGUUUUUGUGUUUUCUUUUUUUAUUCUUAUUUUAUCUUCGUAAGAAUAUUCACAAUCAACGUGCUAUAUCGAUUUCUGUUAAACUGUAGAGGGGUUUGCAUCAUGCCCAGUAGCACGUCUUUGUUGGAUGCCGAUGAGGGAGAGUCCGAGGUCCCACCGCCGCUGGUGCACGCUUUCGCCGGUAUGGGCCUCGAGGAUCACCGCGGCACCCAAAGCCAGACCCAGGAACAGACAGACGAAAGCCUAUCUUUUCAGCACCACCCUCACUCCCAGGUUUCCCAUUUUCGACUCCUCGGCACGGUUCUGGACUUGAAACCACUGUCGGCGCAUCUACCGCCCUCGGGAGAUGAAGUGAACAAAACAGCUGAAGACGAAGAACCCGAAGUUGUUGCGGCCGACUCCCUGGACUGCACCGGUAGCUCGUUGCUACUGCAGGCCCACCGCCACCAGCAUCUCCCAGCGGGGCCAAGUAACUCAGUAAUGCCGCCCGGAAUGGAACCGUCGCACAUAGAAACCGUGUUGUUGUACAAUGGAGACGAGCGGGAUGACACUGGGGUUGGCGGUAGCGCCCUGCCUUCAGCUAACAGCAUGGCGAUGCUACCGGCUGGCAUGUACGGGGAACCGGGCUUCGAGGCCGAGCCUUCGCUCCUGUCCCGGCGAAAAAGCGUCAAUACCACAGAGUGUGUGGCCGUACCGAGUUCCGAGCACGUCGCCGAGAUUGUGGGCAGGCAGGGCUGCAAGAUCAAGGCACUCAGGGCCAAGACUAACACCUACAUCAAAACUCCGGUGAGGGGCGAGCAGCCUGUCUUUGUCGUGACGGGUCGCAAAGAAGACGUGGCGAUGGCGAAAAGAGAAAUCCUGUCUGCAGCCGAACACUUCUCCCUCAUCAGAGCCUCUCGAAACAAAACCGGUCCCCUGUCGUCUGUGACUGCUUUAGGAACCCCCACUCUACCUGGCCAGACGACUAUUCAGGUACGGGUGCCGUAUCGCGUUGUUGGAUUGGUUGUGGGUCCUAAAGGUGCAACCAUCAAACGCAUUCAGCAGCAGACCCACACCUACAUCGUGACACCAAGUCGUGACAAAGAGCCGGUCUUCGAGGUCACGGGGAUGCCGGAGAACGUGGACCGUGCGAGGGAGGAGAUUGAGGCGCACAUUGCCCUCCGCACUGGAACCUGCGGGGGCAUCGAGGCUCCGGGCGUGGACAACAGUGACUUCCAGUUCAACGGGACGGAUGUCAGCUUUGAGUGCUCUUCGCUUUCUAGCGGCGGGAAGGAUGGUUGGCUCCGCGCAGGCCCGUCGUCGCCAGGCGGCAGAAGCUUGUUGCCCGUAAGCAUGAACGGCACCCAGCGAGUCAACAGCAAUAUCAGCAGUGGGGUCAGGAUGUCUUCCACGUACCGCAACGACAGCUCCAGUUCUCUGGGCAGCGGCUCCAGCUCUGCUGAUUCUUUCUACAGUUGUGGGAACGGCAACCGCUUGGCCGAUUUCAGCCCGACCUUCUCCUUCAACGCCAACGCUAACAACAACAACAACAGUAAUAGCAGCACAAGCUUCUGGUUCGGAGAGAGCAUUCUCGGUAUGGGGUCUGAGGAGCUGGUCAGCCUGGGGGGUGGAGGCUCGUCCUCAGGAUUCGACCCACUAACCAUUUCUACUGCCCACACCCUGCACUCUGCUGUGCAGCCUCACAUCUGGAGCCCCUUUGUGGACAACCAGUCUCUUCAGGCCUUUGAUACUCUCCAGUCUCAGACCAGCCAGCCCGGCACGCCCCGUCUUUCUCCAACCUUCUCUGGAUCCGAAGCCUUGGAGCACCCCCAGGCCCAGCGUGUUCACCAAAGGCCUUUUGGAUCAGCUGGGACCCUUGAUGCCCAGAGGCUUCCUUCUUCUAGCUCAGCCUUCUCCUCCUCCAGUGAAAGCACCACGUCUUCAUCCUCUCCUCCGGAAUCCUCUUUUUGUCGACCGGGACUGGGAUCAGCAGGAAGAGGACAGGAGAUAUGCAUCCAGUGUAUGGAUAACCAUGUGAUCGCUGCCUUGGUUCCAUGUGGCCAUAACCUCUUCUGUCUAGAUUGUGCCACUCAGAUCUGCCAGGGCCCCGAGGCCGCCUGCCCCGUAUGCUUGUCCCCAGCUACACAGGCCAUCGAGCUCCGCAAUAUGUGAUUCAUUUUAUACUUUUAUUUUUUUUCUAUAUUUUGUCCAGUUACCUUAAUAACUGAUGGGGGAUCAGUGUCCUCAAUGUUUCUGCUUUGUGAGAUGUGAAGGGGAUUCACUUGAAAUGAUCCCAGAUCAGCAUGUAGGUUUAGUUAGCCAGCUUUGUCCAGGCUGGCAUCGGUUUUGACGCGUGUGCAAAAGAACAGACUAUAAGGAAAGGAAAUUUGGGUCAUGGGUUCGGGUCUUCAGCCCAGUCAUGUGCCUGCUAUUGUGAAGUUUUUCCUUGACUGAUUGAUUGAUCAACUGGAAGGUUGGAGGCCUUUUGUGUAGCAUUGGGAGGGUAGGGAUACAUUUAACCGCAAAUAUAUAUAUAUAUUUUUUUUCACGUCGAUUUAUUAACAUUUUAAGUGAUUAUUGCGUACAUCGUUGAAAAUGUCCCUUGAAACUUGAUUGGUUUCUUCCUAUAUAUAAUUUUAUUUUUUUAAACGUACAUUAAAAUAUAUUAGACUUUUAGGUCAGGGCUUUUUAAAAAUAAUUUUAUUUUCUUUCCGACAUCUCAAUUGUUUUGUAGGUAAGAACAAAAGAUGAGCUUUGCUUUGAUAAAUCCCAUUUUCCAACGAAGAAUUUGUUACAGCAACGACCUCAACAAAAGCAGCAUCGUCCUAUCAGGUUUAUCGCUGGAUGUGAAUUUAUUUCUUCAAAAGAAUAUAGUGUUUACAUUUUCCAGAUCACAAGUCAGACGUUCUAGAAUUGGAAUGAAAAGCAUUCUAACUCUCCCAAGGAGAUUUUUUUUUCUUUUCUUUGCAAAACGGUCAUACUCCAACUUCUUUUUGCCUCAAACUUUAUUUUUUAUUUUCCUAAAAAGCGAGCCAGGAUAGGGGUAACUAUUUUUUUUCUUUCUCCCUAGAGAACCGGUACGUUAUGCCACCUCAGUAUCGCCGUAUUGUUCUUUCACGAAUGCGUAAAACUGUUUACGGUAAACUUGUGCCUGAUUUCACUCAGUAAAACAAAGUGGUUCAGUGGAGCAAGGAGUUGCUCUGUCCUCAAAACUAACUUGUGGCCUUUUUUUUUUUUUAAAGCCUAUAAUUUACCAACAACACUACAAAUCCAGACCAGAAAGGACACAAGCUGACAGAUGCAAGUCAUCAUUUACUUUCAGAUUUGAUUGCAUCUCAGCGGAACAAAAAUAGCAUGAGCAUGCCUCUGUUUACUUUCCAUUGAGCCUCUCUAAUGUGUUGUUACUUUCAGCAUCCAAACCCCCUAAUUCUCCUCCUGAAUAUUUCUAUUUAGUUUACAUGGUUGUAUGGGAAACGGUGUGCUGCUGUGCACAUGCUGUACUGGUGUAACAUUCCUCCUCUUUUGUCCUGCACCCUCGUAGAAGGUGGAGAUCACUUGCGGAAACCUCACAAGGGAGCUAAGAGAUCAGUUUUUUUUCUGAUGCUGGAAUGCUCCAUCCUUUAUUCCACUGGGGUGUAACAUGAAGGCUUUGCUUCACUCCAUUCUCUGACGUUUCGUCUGCCAGGCCCGUGAAAAAAAAAAAAGUCACUUUGGCAUGCUAAUUAUUUAAGAUCUUUGACUUUUAGACCCCUUUUGCACUGUUUCAGUGCAGCCUUCCCUGUUUUAUCUGCUCUUGUUUUGUGCAGUGCAAAGCACAGCCCAACCUGUAUCUUAUCGCAAUAUAUUGAACAGUUGGGGCAAGCACGUAGUAUUUUUCUCUCAUUUCCACUCCUAUUCCGAAGGUUCCUCAUCCUGGAAAAUUCCAGACAAAGGUACAAGCUGGUGACACUUGCAGGAUAGAACGAGUUCAGACUUUAGGGUUUGUUGUUGUUGUCGGGGGGGGGGCUUGUUGACUCUAGUAUCCGGUCGUGGACACUACGUCAGGUCAAUACUGUUGUCGUCUUUCCUCGUGCGGACAUUGCACUGCAGUCCUUCUAGCAUUCCAGCUGUAAGCAGUAUUUGGGAUUCAUCUGGAGCUUUAAACCUCCAGUUGAAGCAACGUUUCUUAGAUAUUCUUUUGAGGAAGUGCAACAACCCCCCCCUCCCUUCUUCUCCAUUUCCCUGGAUCUUCUAUCCGUCCCAUCACUUUACCGCUCUCUUUCUCUCUGGGGGAAUGCAAUACACGAUCUGCCCUCAAGGUUAUUCACCAGAAUAUAUUGACUUUUUUUUUUUUGUGUAUGUAUUAUAUGAUAUUACUGUUAAUGACUGAUGAAUAUACAGAACUUAUUUUUUAUUUUGUUACAUUUCAUAUAUACAUAAAUAUAUCUAUAUAAAAAUGUUUACAAUAAGAUUUUCUUUUUUUAUUUUCCGAGUGAUUAAAUGACGAGCUGGAAAUCCAGAGACCUUGCAGGAGAGUGUUAGUGAAAUCUGCUUGUAGUCUAGCCGAUAGUCGACAGUAUUGAUAAUAGUAUUGAUAGCCGCCGUUAACCCUUGCUGAAAGUGGAAUGUGCAUCACGAGCAUGUCUUCAUAACUUGCCGCCAUUGUAAAACAUCACUGCAACUGUAAAAAGGCCAAGGAUUCAAGCUGCCUGUCAUGUCUGUACACAACCAAAUUAAGAACGGUAUACUAUUCAAAUGUAUCUUAAGAGUAUCUAUAUAUAAAUUCUUAUAUUGUUGAAAGCUGUACCAACAGUUCAAAGUAUUUGCUAACUUUACUACACUUUUGUUAUGUUCUAUGUGUAGGAGGAGUCUUAAGGCAUAAAUUCUUCAAAUUAAGUCGGGAGUUUAAAAGCAGACUAUAUUUUGUAACGGCCUUUUAAGUUAUUGCGGCCAAAGCACUGAUAUUCUAUAUAUAUUUGCUGUAAAGAGAAUUUUAAGAGUUUUAUUUUUCUGAUAUUAAAAUUACUUAAUAAAGACAGUUUCAUUUUAAAGCCAUAAA